GACAUCAUACAGGAACCAGUGGACGGAGCUUGACGAACCAAGAUGGCGGCCUACGGCGAAGCAGGAAAGAGGUUCUACUUGAAAUAAAACUCAUUCCGAGGGCAGUUUCUAUCGAAGUGGCACCGUGAUUAGGCGUCGCUUGGAUUUCUCUAGGAAGAGACGCAGCCUAUACUGGGACUAAAUGGCUUCGAGGAAGUCUGCAUCAGAUCCUUAUAACAAUGGACCCAUCAGCUACCUUGAUGAUGUUCCCUUCAAGUUAAAUGACAAAUUCCGAUGUCCAGCUAAAGUGGGGUUACCCGUAGGUUUCUGUGUGCCAGAUUAUGGAGCUGUACUUGCUGACACAAAGUAUGACUUUACAUUGGAGACGCGUAGUGUUCGCUGGGGGAUAGAACUUGCUGAUGCCAGAGCAGCAGUAGCCAGGGCGGAGGAGGCAGCAGCAGCCAAGCAGGAGGCUGAGAGCAGGGAGUCUCUGUCUCGGGACGUUGAUGGAGGUGGAGGGAACAACCUUCGGUCCGUGGCAGAGGACCAGGACCUUCCACCACCAGCACUGAACCCUGUCCUGGCAGGGCUGAGUCACAACGACAUCCUCACUCCACUGCCUGCCCCCAGCCUUGGCCCCAGAAAAUCCCAGGACACCACUCCACAGCCACAAAACCUCAAUCUAGCCGACUUUGAGCGGGAGGAAGACCCCUUUGACAAGCUGGAACUGAAAACCCUGGAUGAUAAGGAAGAGUUGAGGAACAUUCUACAGAGCCAACCCCAACCUCAGCAUCCGCCCUCUGUAUCUCCACCUCAGCAAGGUUCAAUAUCUCGUAGAGACAGCCCAUCUCCACCCAGCACCAACACCAGCGUGUCAUCCAAGCCAGGCUUUGCCCACAAACCGAACGGCUUGGUUGCCUUGCUGGAUCUGGAAAAAGUUGGACAGUCAAGAAGAGCAGCCUUUGAGACAGACGAUCGGCCUUGUAACAUCCGCUCUCUGAUGUUCCCCAAACUCUCUGAUUCUGGUGAACCAGAGUCCGUGAAAUACAGUCCUGCACCUGUACCCAUUUCUUCUCCCCUACGGAACCUACCCAACGGCAGCCCACCAUCAUUACAGAAAACACAAGUUAUCGUUGCCCCCGAGCCACCUAGCCACAACAAGGGUGGGACGCCAAAGCCGGCCAUCCCUGGAACAGGAUCUACUGGUCUGCCGUGUGGUGGAGCUCUUCUCAGCAUGACGCCCAGUGAACGUCAGUGUGUGGAGACACUUGUGGGAAUGGGUUACUCUUAUGAGGAAAUUCUACGGGCCAUGCAGAGACAUGGCCAGAAUGUGGAGCAGGUGUUGGACUAUCUGUUUCUUCAUGGCCGGCUGUGCGAGAGGGGCUUUGAUGCCAGUGCUGUGGAAGAGUGUUUAGAAAUGUACCAAUGCUCAGAAGAAAAGGCCUUGCAGUAUCUUGAACUCAUGUCCAGAUUUGGUGAGAUGGGGUUUGAGAGAGACGUGAUUAAAGAGGUUCUGCUAGUCCACAACAACGAUCAGGACAAGGCUCUGGAGGACCUGAUGGCCCGUGCCGCUGCGAGCUGAGCCAAGACAGUGGGCAAGCCAAAGCUCUACCCUGGGCAUCUGUCACCGCUCCCAUCCUAAAGCCCCUUUCCCUCUGCCUACCAUAUCUUACUACGCCCUGCCCUUUUGCCUUUGUUGUGGAAAGGACACGUGGGAGGCAAUUUCUGUCUGUGCUAAAACAUACCAUGCCUCAGCACUUCUGAAAAUUUAUGUGCCUAGAUUGGAUCGAGUUAACCUGUACCAAUACAAAAUCCUCAUUUCAGGUACUGCUGUGUCAUUGGAGUAUAUGAUGACUGAACUGGGAAACAUGGGCUGUGGCAUUUUGAUGCCACUCUAAUUUGCUUCCUCUUGGGAGUCUUUCUUACUUACUGCAGAAGUAAAUGGGGGAGGAGCUAGCGGGAGGCUAUGUGCACAUCAUGGGAAGAUUUGUGGGAACUUUAUGAAAACUCUUAAAUAACAAAGCUGCCAUCUUCCACUGCUCGCUGCAGAUGUCGUAAGUGGUGAUGGAUGCGGGGAGGUCAAGAGGAAGCCCUCUUUCCGAUUGAACCAGCUUCCAGUAGAAGGCACAAUCACCAUACAGAGCUGACUCUCAAGAAGUGCCCUCUGAGCUGUUGUGCCCAGGACCUAUUUCUGUUCUUCUUUAUGCUUUCUUACAUUCAUGUCUUAUAUGUUUUUUCUGUUCAUUUUGGACAUCGUUUGGUUUCUGUUUAAAGGUUGCAGUUAUUUGCUUUCUGUUUUAGGAAUUGCAUUAUAGAUCAUUAGUCAUGAAAACUCUGAAUAUGAAAGAGUGCCCUGUUGUACUCUUCAGCCUGCACUGGAAAAAAAGAAACCUGCUGCAGUGGGGCAAUGUGGGAAAAUGUUCUCACUGAAAGAAGUACAAUAUAUAUCCCUUGCCCCAAUAUUACUGCUCAUAUGACACACAAGCACACGUUUCAUCAUUCAAAUCUUACUUAAAAUUGUACACUGACACUUUGAUUUAAGAUUUAUUAAGAGUUCGGUAUGAUUAUGUAAGAUAUGUUAACGUACAAAUGCAACACUAUUAAACUGUCCUGAACCUUUAUUUGCAGACUGGAAAUUAAUGCGGUGGUUAAAAAAAAAAAAACAAUGUAAGUGAGGGUUGUUUAUCUUGCAGCCAAAUCGCAGUGCAAUAGAGACAUUUCAUGUUGUGUGACUGUUGACUUGCACUUUGAGCCUCCAAAAAUGUUGUAAGAAAUGGUCUUUAAAGCCUUACUGGAAAUAUGGUUGAAAGAAAAACUUCUUUUAUUGA